AUGCGGGUGUCCACGUCUUCACUCCGCAACCGCACCGCGUCGCCCAGCAUUGUCAUCCGCAGCCCUACCACGUAUCCGGACCCGCCCCCGCCUCCCGCGCCUUGCUCGCGCGUGUACAGCCACGUGAACGUGCAGCGACCCGCGGACUACUGGGACUACGAGGCGCUCCGAGUGCCGUGGGGCGACCAGGGGGACUACGAGCUGGUGCGCAAGGUGGGGCGCGGGAAGUACAGCGAGGUGUUUGAGGGGCGCAGCACCCGCCACGGCGCACGCUGCAUCGUCAAAGUGCUCAAGCCCGUGCGCCGCAAGAAGAUUCUGCGCGAGAUCAAGAUACUGCAGAACUUGAUGGGCGGGCGCAACAUCAUUCAGCUGCUGGACGUGGUGCAGGACGCGCAGUCGGGCACGCCGUCGCUGGUCUUUGAGUUUGUGAACAACCACGACUUCAAGCACCUCUACCCUGCGCUCUCUGACCUGGAUAUCCGCUUCUACCUCUACGAGCUGCUACAGGCGCUCGACUUUGCGCAUUCACAGGGCAUCAUGCACCGCGAUGUGAAGCCGCACAACGUGAUGAUCGACCACCAGCGCCGCCAGCUGCGCCUCAUAGACUGGGGCCUCGCGGAGUUCUACCACCCGGGCAUGGCCUACAACGUGCGCGUCGCCUCUAGGUACUUCAAGGGGCCAGAGCUGCUGGUGAACAUAGAGGACUAUGACUACUCGCUGGACAUGUGGAGCCUGGGCUGCAUGGUCGCAGGCAUGAUCUUCCGCAGGGAGCCCUUCUUCUUUGGCGCGGACAACAACGACCAGCUCGUCAAGAUUGCUCAGGUCCUAGGCACAUCGGACCUGUACCAGUACCUCACGCGCUACUCUGUACGGCUGGACUCGCAGCUGCAGUCCGCUGUUGGGAGGCAUCGCCGCAAGCCAUGGUCGCGCUUUAUCACAGCUGAGAACCAGCACCUCGUGUCACCCGAGGCCAUUGACUUUCUUGACCGCCUGCUGCGCUACGACCACCAAGAGAGGCUCACAGCCAAGCAAGCCAUGGUCAGUGCCAGUGCCAUGCCGGGUCUCUUGCUGGGUGGCUUUCUGCUGGGGUUAUGGUGGGGAACCCCUCGGCUAGACCAACCCCCCCCCGCACUGGUUGACUCAGUGGCAUUGGCUGAGGAGGGAGAGGAGGCUGGGUGGACGAGGAAUGGGGAGGGAUCUGGGAAGAGGGCGGAGUAG